UUCUGUGGUAUCGAUAAUCCAUAGAUAAAAUAAUUAGAGUUGAAAUUUGGUUAAUUUUGAAUUGAAUUGAAUUUAGAAUUGAGCAAGUUGAUUGGAACUAAUUUUAACUUGUUAAUUAUCAAGAAGGAUUAUCAACAUGCGGGAAUUAGAUACGGAUAACAUCAUCGUUUAUCCUCCUAAUAAAAUACUGGAAACAAAUUAUAUUCAUCCACAAACUCCUAAUCUAAAAAAGUCACUUAUGUUCAUUGAUUUCAACAGCAAAAGUGAAGCUAUUAUUGGGUCAUCUAAUAUCAAUGGUACUCUAUGGGAUGGUUCGACUGCUGUAUUUCAGAGUACAACAGAUCUCGAAAAUUUAAAAUGGUCAAAAUUUUACAUAGGAUCUUCUGUCUGUGAUGCUAAAUAUCUAGAUGAUAUAACAAUUGUGUUAGCUGAAGAUACUGGAGAUGUUCAAGUCCUUGAUAUAGAUGAAAAUGUCACAAUAAGUCCAUAUUUAGUUUAUAAACAUUUCUCUAGAGUACCCCAAAUAGCUGUAUGGUUCAAAUCAUCAAAAAUAUUAACAUGCUCCGAUAGAACUGUUGCAGUGAUUGAUAUAGAAUGUUCAAGGAAAAUUAUCUUUCCAGAUUAUCAUACUGAAUCAAUAUAUUCAGUGGAUUCAUUGACAAAUAAUUCAAACCAUUUUGUGUCAUGUGGGGCAGAUAGGAAUGUUUUAAUUUGGGACAGGCGUGAUCAUGACACCGCAUCAGUUCUAUAUACUGAUGAAUUUGCUGAUUUGACAAGUGUAGCUUGGAAUCAAUCAAACGAAGAUUUCAUUGUUUGUGGAACUGAAGGUGGUACUGUAUACCAUUUAGACAGGAGACAACCUAAAAGCACUUUGGAGUUUCAUCACUGUUUUGAAAAUAGGAUUCAUAGGCUUUCUUUCAACCCGAAUUCUAACCAAGUAGCGAUUUGUGGUGAUACUAAUGAAGUUAUUGUGCUUGAUAAGAUUGAAGGAUCAUAUACAAAUAUUUAUAAUAGUGAAGAACAUUCUGAUAUGGUGAGAGGAUUAUGUUGGAAUGAAAAUAUAUUGUACUCUUGUGGGUUUGAUGCAAAGAUCUGUAAACAUAUUUUUUGAAUAAACUUUUUCUGUUCUA